AUGAAUAUUAAAAGAGAGAAAGCUAAGAUUAAUCAGUGCUGUGUAAUACAUGGAAGAAAAGUCACAGAAAAGUGCACGACUGCAUUGAAUACAUGUAUAGAUUGCCAUGCAUCUUGCAACGGAACAGUUUGCGAUUGUGUUGAUGGUUAUUAUUGGAACGGAACUCAUUGCGUUGGGUCUGAAUUGUGUGAAGAAUGCAGUUAUUCUCCUGACUCAUGUGCACCCGACUUAGUGUGUGGCGCUGACUCCGGCAGAUGUGAAUGUCCACCUAAUCUUCCUAUACAGUACGAUGGAGAUUGCUAUGGAAGAAAAGUCACAGAAAAGUGCACGACUGCAUUGAAUACAUGUAUAGAUUGCCAUGCAUCUUGCAACGGAACAGUUUGCGAUUGUGAUGAUGGUUAUUAUUGGAACGGAACUCAUUGCGUUGGGUCUGAAUUGUGUGAAGAAUGCAGUUAUUCUCCUGACUCAUGUGCACCCGACUUAGUGUGUGGCGCUGACUCCGGCAGAUGUGAAUGUCCACCUAAUCUUCCUAUACAGUACGAUGGAGAUUGCUAUGGAAGAAAAGUCACAGAAAAGUGCACGACUGCAUUGAAUACAUGUAUAGAUUGCCAUGCAUCUUGCAACGGAACAGUUUGCGAUUGUGAUGAUGGUUAUUAUUGGAACGGAACUCAUUGCGUUGGGUCUGAAUUGUGUGAAGAAUGCAGUUAUUCUCCUGACUCAUGUGCACCCGACUUAGUGUGUGGCGCUGACUCCGGCAGAUGUGAAUGUCCACCUAAUCUUCCUAUACAGUACGAUGGAGAUUGCUAUGGAAGAAAAGUCACAGAAAAGUGCACGACUGCAUUGAAUACAUGUAUAGAUUGCCAUGCAUCUUGCAACGGAACAGUUUGCGAUUGUGAUGAUGGUUAUUAUUGGAACGGAACUCAUUGCGUUGGGUCUGAAUUGUGUGAAGAAUGCAGUUAUUCUCCUGACUCAUGUGCACCCGACUUAGUGUGUGGCGCUGACUCCGGCAGAUGUGAAUGUCCACCUAAUCUUCCUAUACAGUACGAUGGAGAUUGCUAUGGAAGAAAAGUCACAGAAAAGUGCACGACUGCAUUGAAUACAUGUAUAGAUUGCCAUGCAUCUUGCAACGGAACAGUUUGCGAUUGUGAUGAUGGUUAUUAUUGGAACGGAACUCAUUGCGUUGGGUCUGAAUUGUGUGAAGAAUGCAGUUAUUCUCCUGACUCAUGUGCACCCGACUUAGUGUGUGGCGCUGACUCCGGCAGAUGUGAAUGUCCACCUAAUCUUCCUAUACAGUACGAUGGAGAUUGCUAUGGAAGAAAAGUCACAGAAAAGUGCACGACUGCAUUGAAUACAUGUAUAGAUUGCCAUGCAUCUUGCAACGGAACAGUUUGCGAUUGUGAUGAUGGUUAUUAUUGGAACGGAACUCAUUGCGUUGGGUCUGAAUUGUGUGAAGAAUGCAGUUAUUCUCCUGACUCAUGUGCACCCGACUUAGUGUGUGGCGCUGACUCCGGCAGAUGUGAAUGUCCACCUAAUCUUCCUAUACAGUACGAUGGAGAUUGCUAUGGAAGAAAAGUCACAGAAAAGUGCACGACUGCAUUGAAUACAUGUAUAGAUUGCCAUGCAUCUUGCAACGGAACAGUUUGCGAUUGUGAUGAUGGUUAUUAUUGGAACGGAACUCAUUGCGUUGGGUCUGAAUUGUGUGAAGAAUGCAGUUAUUCUCCUGACUCAUGUGCACCCGACUUAGUGUGUGGCGCUGACUCCGGCAGAUGUGAAUGUCCACCUGAUCUUCCUAUACAGUACGAUGGAGAUUGCUAUGGAAGAAGAGUCACAGAAAAGUGCACGACUGCAUUGAAUACAUGUAUAGAUUGCCAUGCAUCUUGCAACGGAACAGUUUGCGAUUGUGAUGAUGGUUAUUAUUGGAACGGAACUCAUUGCGUUGGGUCUGAAUUGUGUGAAGAAUGCAGUUAUUCUCCUGACUCAUGUGCACCCGACUUAGUGUGUGGCGCUGACUCCGGCAGAUGUGAAUGUCCACCUAAUCUUCCUAUACAGUACGAUGGAGAUUGCUAUGGAAGAAAAGUCACAGAAAAGUGCACGACUGCAUUGAAUACAUGUAUAGAUUGCCAUGCAUCUUGCAACGGAACAGUUUGCGAUUGUGAUGAUGGUUAUUAUUGGAACGGAACUCAUUGCGUUGGGUCUGAAUUGUGUGAAGAAUGCAGUUAUUCUCCUGACUCAUGUGCACCCGACUUAGUGUGUGGCGCUGACUCCGGCAGAUGUGAAUGUCCACCUAAUCUUCCUAUACAGUACGAUGGAGAUUGCUAUGGAAGAAGAGUCACAGAAAAGUGCACGACUGCAUUGAAUACAUGUAUAGAUUGCCAUGCAUCUUGCAACGGAACAGUUUGCGAUUGUGAUGAUGGUUAUUAUUGGAACGGAACUCUUUGCGUUGGCCAGCUUAUUGACGAAAUAUGUGACAACUCACCUAACUCAUGCAGUGCAAAUGGUCUUGUUUGUGGUGAUACUUGGAGGUGUGAAUGUCCUCCAAAUGAAGUUCAAAUUAACAAUUUGUGCUUUUCCCUUCUUUGUGAAUCGUGUACUGUGGAUGGAGAUUGCUUAGGAAAAUACCAGCUCUGUAUCGAUAAUAUUUGUCAGUGUGAUAACACAACAUACUAUACCGACUCAUGUGGGUUGUGCAAAUUAAAGGUGACUGAUUAUAGUGAUUGCAGUUGCGACGAGGAAUGUCUUUCCAACACUUGUCUAUGUGACCUUUGCGUCCCGGAGAAUACUGAUGACUGUUGUGAUGAUUGCACAAGUACAAUAGCUGACAUUAUUUUUGUAACGGAUGCCUCUGGAUCAGUCGGUUCAUCUAAUUACCAGACGCUCAAAGCUUUUGUUAUAACAUUAGUCAACGAGUUCACGAUUGGAACAGAUGAUACAAGAGUUGGUAUUGUCGAUUAUGCAACGGGUAUCAACGAAGGCAAUACCUUUAAUCUAGACACAGCUGCCUACGAUAAUAACUUAGAAAUAACCGAGGAAGUAUGCGGUUUUCCCUAUUCUGGAGGUUUUACACGAACAGACCUCGCACUUGAUCGGGCUUUGGCUUAUUUUACUUCCGCACAAGAUAGACCAUUAAUCCCAGAUUUUGCUAUUGUUUUUACUGACGGAGUAACUAAUAACGGGGGAGAAGAUGAAUUAGAAAAUUCUGUACAGGCAUUAAAGGACGAAGGAGUAACGAUUUUCGUAGUUGGUAUUGGCAGCGGUAUUGAACUUACUGAACUUCAACUCAUUGCUUCCUCCGAUGAAUACGUGUUUCAAGCUACGUUCGAUGCAUUGAAUACGAUUACAGAUGAGCUGUUGACUAUCAUAUGUUCGCUUGGAGGAUGAGUGCAUGCACGAAAACCAUGAAUGGAAAGGCCUAUUGUAAUUUUUGCAUCGUGGGAACAGUUAUGCUAAUUAAUAAACAUUUUAGGUUGAACUAUAAUAUAUAUUAUUUAUUUAAAAAAAGCAUCUCAACGGGCUCAAGAAUAUAAUUAUUUUACUUUAUUCUUUGUUUUAACAAUCAAGAGUGUUUCGUGUGACUUUAUCUUGCUUCAGUGUUAAAACAUAUAUAUUUGUCUAAAUAUUUUCUGUAAAAUUAAACAUUUACGAAUUCAACAAA